AUGGUAACGACACAGAAUCUCAUGUCAGGCGCCGCCGAUGACUUCUUCGCAGGUGGCCGAUCACUGAAAUGGUACGUGGUCGCAGGUUCCUUGAUGCUCACGAACCUCUCCACAGAGCAGUUGGUGGGCCUGAACGGCAAUGUCUACAAGGAUCGAAACCUGGCCGGGAUUUGGUUCGAGGCCGGUGCAGCGAUAGCUAUGGUGCUGACCGCCACCGUUUUCUU